AUGGCAUUCUUUUUGCCUAACCCUUUUCGGGGUCUCAUCUAUGAUCCGCUAGAGGAACACGGCAUCCUAGAUGCUAUCACUAGAAACACCAUAUUUCGGAUUAUUCCACUACCCGUGUUAAAGAAAAAGCCAGACCAAGCUGCUUCCCAGUCUAUCUACCGUGCGCUCACCAAACCAAAUGAAAUUCGUCUUAUUAUUCUCGAACCUGGGGAAACUCUGGACCAGAUAUCCUGCAAGCUCAUUCACGUACCUUUAUCCUGGCGCACUCGAUACGAGGCUCUGUCAUACAACUGGGGCGAUCCCAAUAACAGAGCAUCUGUCGUAUGCGACGGACAGGCCAUUUCCCGGGUGCUCUGGGCCGAUUGCAUAUGCAUUAAUCAGAAUGAUCUUGAAGAGAAAAGUGCGCAAGUCAAGAUGAUGGGCCAAAUCUAUGCUGGCGCGCGACGCACCGUGAUCUGGAUCGGCGAAGCAUCGGAAGAUAUUAAGGGAGCGUUUUCCACACUUGAGAAAUGUUAUCCCAGGGUGCUUCUUUAUUUACCAAUAGCUAUGCUAUUCGAAGUCAUACCCAUACUACUUGAACGACCAUGGUUUCAACGUACGUGGAUUGUUCAGGAGGUUAUUCUAUCCAAGUACGCAGUAGUGGUGUGCGGGGCUGAGACGAUCAAUUUUCAGAAGCUUCUCAGUACAGUGCGGGGACUGCGCGGUAUCACCACCCAUGGUGGAAACAAAUUUGACGUGAUUGAAGUCAAGAACGAGAAGAUUUUUGCGACCACUAGUGGUAUUUACAUGAUCAAUAAGGUUCGUGAGAACUUGAGAAGCGGAUACUGGGUGUUUGGACGCAAUCGCAAAUACACUUCGACACUGAUAGACAUGGUGCACGAAACACGCGCUUUCGAAUGUUCCGAUCCGAAGGACCGACUUUAUGCCAUCAUCAACGUUACUACCGAAAAGAGCCCAGUCAAAAGAGGUCUUACUGUAGACUAUAGCCUUGAAGUGGGUGAGGUGUACAGAAGAUUUGUAGUCUGGGAUAUCAUGAAAAACGGCAGCUUGUCGACCUUAUCAAUCAUCUCCGAUAAAUCGAAGACAGAUUACGGAUUGCCCUCCUGGGUACCUGAUUUCUCCAAUGCCAAUCAUAAAUACUUUCUACCCGACUACAUGUUCACUUUCGACGCCAUGAAAGCUAAGUGGCUUGGACCGGAGGCGCGCAUAUCAUCAGACGGGAAAAUUCUUAUGCUGAAGGGAAAACGGAUCGAUUCUGUAAAAAGGGUCGCGCGCACUCAAUAUCCAGGGCAGCUAUCCAGACUUCCAAAUGGAGAAUUGAAUAUGGAAAUAGUUGAACGUCAGCGGGAGUGGCUGCGAGAGUGUAUGAGCAUUGCUAUUGAGGAUCACUCUGAGGACGACAAAGCACUCUCCCCAUCAUUCCAAUAUUGGAAAUCUAGAUCGUGGGGUAUGUCUAACGAGCGCUUCCAGCAAUUCUGGCGGACAAUGAUUUGGGGACACACUCGUACGGGGUCGAAAGCCAGUGCACUAUACGGGACAUACUUUAGAGCUUAUGGCCAUUUCAUACAUGCCAAUCUGGAGGACAAAAGGGUUUUCAAAAAAGGCGGUAUAGCGCAGGAGCUGAUCGAGAGUUGCUUUGUCGUCAUGCUUACAUACCGAAGAUUUUGCUCGACUAGCAACGGGUUAAUUGGGUGGAUGCCCCGUGAAGUGCAGGUCGGCGAUGUGAUAUGUGUUCUAUAUGGCGGUCGGGUACCUGUCGUGCUUCGACCGCGAGACAUUGGCUAUGAAUUUGUUGGCGAUGCGUAUGUUUUUGGGAUGAUGAACGGAGAAGCUUUAUUGAGUGAUGCGCCGGACGAGGAAUUUGCGCUUAUUUAACCAGAUAAUAUGUUUGCUGCACUCUGCUGAACGGCUACUAUGGCAUGACGGUUGAGUUCCUGGAGUUGAUGAAUAGAUCGACAGGCUUGGAGGGACUUGGGAGGCAGGCGGAGGUUUG